CUCCUCUUCACUAGCAAAUUACCCUCUUCUUCUGAUACAUUGCCAGCAAGCCUCACCUCUCAUCACCCAAUGCAGCACCGCUAGCAAGCUUCACAUCCUAUCACCCACCGCACCACCGCCAGCGAGCCUCACACACCCUCACAGUAACACCAAUCCCACCCUCCCCACCAUGUCCCAACCAAUCACCGAAAUCGUCCAAGUCAAAUUCAAAUCCAACAUCUCCAUCGAAGACCAAAUGCCCGAAUUCACCCGCCUCCUAGAGCGCCAACUCGGCUUCCUGCAGCUCGCCUGGGGACGCUGGGUUGAGUCACCGGACAACGUCCAGAUGCUCUUGAAUUGGGAUACCAUCGAGUCGCACCAUCGGUUCGAGAAGUCAGGAGCCGACUAUGCGGCACUGGGGGUGAUUGUGAAGUCUCUGGUUGCGGAACCGCCAGUGGUGUAUCAUGUUAAUUUCAAGUCUGAUAAUGGAUUGACCAUUUCGGCGGCUUCGGCUGCUUAGGAUAUGGUGCCGUGGAUUGUAAAUAGGGGCACAGUGGGUUUUAGCCCGCUCUGGUUCUACAAGGAAUCAACAUCCGCAACUUCAAACUAAACAGAG